AUGAGGUCAUUCUCGUUAGUAGCGGUGCUUCUCUCCUUUUGCUUGUGCUCUCAUAUUCUUGGUGUUGUAGGGGACGUGGGUUAUGCCGGAUCUUACAGUCCUCCAUACUUGCCGACAAAAUGCAAAGGAAUGGACGUAGAGCAAUUUCCGGAGGACGGAUAUUUUGUGGCGGUGAGCGAAGGGCUGUGGGACAACGGAGCGGCGUGUGGUCGGAAAUACCAGAUGCGGUGCAUAAGUGGCCCUCGACGACCUUGCAAGGGUGGCACCAUCGUCGUUCAAGUUGUUGAUUUCUGCAAAACCUAUCCAUGCCCUACCACACUCGUCCUCUCCAACAAAGCCUUCAAUGCCAUUUCUAGGUCUCCAAAUGCCAGAAUCAACGUUGAAUUUGCGCAGUACGUUAAUUAUAUAUAA